AGUGGGGCGAAAUUAAGAAGUUGCGUAGCAGCCUGAUCUCUCUUUUCCACUGCUCUGAGCCAGGGGUCUGCAGCAAGAGAAGCCCAAGCUGUGGUGAUGAAGAUCGCAGUGAUUGGUCAGAGCCUGUUUGGCCAGGAAGUGUACAAGGAGUUGAGGAAAGAAGGCCACACCAUCGUAGGAGUCUUCACUAUUCCUGAUAAUGACGGCAAAGCAGACCCCUUGGCCGUGGAAGCAGAGAAGGAUGGCGUGCCCGUGUUUAAGUUCCCUCGCUGGAGAGUGAAGGGUCAGGCCAUCCCCGAGGUGGUGAGCCAGUACUCUGCCACUGGCGCUGAGCUCAACGUGCUUCCGUUCUGCUCCCAGUUCAUCCCCAUGGAGGUCAUCAACCACCCCAAACAUGGCUCCAUCAUCUACCAUCCUUCUCUGCUGCCCCGCCACAGAGGAGCCUCUGCCAUCAACUGGACUUUGAUCCACGGUGAUAAGAAAGGAGGCUUCACUGUAUUUUGGGCAGAUGAUGGUCUGGACACUGGACCUAUCCUGCUGCAGAGAGAGUGUGAUGUGGAGCCAGAUGACACGGUCAACUCCAUCUACAAGAGGUUCCUGUUCCCUGAGGGCGUCAAGGGCACGGUAGAAGCAGUGAGGCUAAUCGCAGAGGGAAAAGCUCCAAGGAUCACCCAGCCACAAGAGGGCGCUACCUAUGAGUGCAUCCAGAAGAAGGCAAACGCAAAGAUUGACUGGAACCAGACAGCAGAAGCCCUUCACAACUGGAUCAGAGGGAACGACAAAGUCCCUGGAGCAUGGGCCGAAGUAGACGGAAAGAAUGUGACUUUCUAUGGCUCUACUCUGGUUGGAAAUGGGACUGCAGCACAAGGACAGCCACUGGAGAUCCCUGGGGCGAGUCAGCCUGGACUGGUGACCAAAGGAGGACUGAUGCUGUUUGGCAAUGAUGGCAAAACACUUUUGGUGAAGAACCUGCAGUUUGAUGAUGGAAAGAUGAUCCCUGCCUCGCAGUACUUCAGUGCAGGGAAGACCUCUGCUGUGGAGCUGACAGAGGAGGAGAAAGCUCUGGCUGAGCAGAUGAGAGCUGUGUGGCAAAGCAUUCUGACCAAUGUCAGUCAAGUCCAGGACUCCACGGACUUCUUUAAGUCUGGAGCAGCUUCCAUGGAUGUGGUCAGACUUGUGGAAGAGGUGAAGCUGCUGUCCAGUAACUGUCAGCUCCAGAACGAAGACAUUUACAUGAACUCCACUUUCCAGGAGUUUAUCCAGAUGUGUGUGAGGAAGCUCCGUGGUGAGGAUGAGGAGGAGGAGCUGGUGGUGGACUAUGUGGAGGUGGACAUCAACAAAAUGACAGUAAAGAUGCCUCAUCAGCUGUUUAUAAAUGGAGAGUUUGUGGAUGCAGCAGGUGGAAAAACGUACAAGAGCAUUAAUCCAACCACCGGCACGGCCCUGUGCAAUGUGUCCUUGGCUCAGAUCAGUGAUGUGGACAGAGCUGUAGCUGCUGCCAAAGAGGCCUUUGAGAACGGAGAAUGGGGCAAAAUGAACCCCCGAGACAGAGGCCGCCUCAUCUACAAGUUAGCUGACCUGAUGGAGCAGCACCAGGAGGAGCUGGCCACAAUUGAGUCCCUGGACUCUGGUGCUGUCUAUACUCUGGCCCUGAAGACUCACAUUGGUAUGUCUAUACAGACCUUCCGCUAUUUUGCUGGCUGGUGUGACAAAAUUGAGGGCAGUACUAUCCCCAUCAACCAGGCCAGGCCCAAUCGCAACAUUACAUUUACAAGAAGAGAACCCAUCGGUGUGUGUGCUAUAGUGAUUCCCUGGAACUACCCUCUGAUGAUGCUGGCCUGGAAGACUGCAGCCUGUUUAGCUGCUGGGAACACUGUGGUCCUCAAGCCGGCUCAGGUGACCCCUCUGACUGCACUCAAAUUUGCAGAGUUGGCUGCUAGAGCAGGAUUUCCAAAGGGUGUCAUAAACAUUCUCCCAGGAUCAGGUGCCCUGGUUGGUCAGCGGAUGUCAGACCACCCUGAUGUUCGUAAGCUUGGUUUCACUGGCUCAACUGAAAUUGGCAAACACAUCAUGAAGAGCUGUGCUGUGAGUAAUGUGAAAAAGGUUUCUCUGGAGCUCGGAGGAAAGUCACCUCUUAUUAUCUUCAGUGACUGUGACAUGGACAAGGCAGUGCGGAUGGGGAUGAGCUCAGUGUUCUUCAAUAAAGGAGAGAAUUGCAUUGCAGCGGGCAGACUGUUUGUGGAGGAUACUAUUCAUGACCAGUUUGUCAAAAAAGUGGUGGAGGAGGUGAAGAAAAUGAAGAUCGGAGACCCACUGGACCGAGCGACAGACCACGGUCCUCAGAACCACAAAGCUCACUUGGACAAACUGGUGGAGUUCUGUCAGACUGGAGUGAAGGAGGGGGCUACACUGGUGUAUGGGGGCAAGCAACUAGAGCGUCCAGGGUUCUUCUUUGAGCCCACCAUCUUCACUGACGUACAGGACCACAUGUUUAUUGCCAAAGAAGAGUCAUUUGGACCAGUUAUGAUCAUAUCCAAAUUCAAGAGCGGCGAGGUAGAUGACGUCCUGAGAAGGGCUAACGAUACAGAAUAUGGACUGGCAUCUGGAGUCUUCACAAAAGACAUCAGCAAAGCCCUGUAUGUCAGUGAGCGACUGAAUGCAGGCACUGUUUUUGUCAACACGUACAAUAAAACUGAUGUAGCUGCACCUUUUGGUGGAUUCAAACAGUCUGGAUUUGGCAAAGACCUGGGAAAAGAAGCUUUGAACGAAUACUUGAAGACAAAGGCAGUGACUAUUGAGUAUUGAGUCCAGUAUUUCAGACCAGGGGAGCAACAUCCCCAAUUGUGAAAAUUAAUGUGAAGUGCCUUAACAUACAUGACCUUAAGUAUGAAUUCCAUUUUUAAUAUAUUGAAUUUAUUUGAAGAACUAAUAUUGAAUUUAAAAUAAAAAUACACUUUUAUUCAC